UCGUGUCGUGUCGUGUCGUGUCGUGUUGUGUUGUAUUGUAUUGUGUUGUGUUGUGUUGUGUUGCAUCAGGUGAUCCAGGCUUGGUUAUGUCAUCAGUGGUUUACAGUAACUCACCUGUUUUAAAUGUAAAUCAUUUAGCAGACUGCGCCCUCUGCUGGUAGAACUCAAAAUACACUCAAGUCAUUUUAAAUCUUUUUUUGUUGGUGGUGUAAACUUUAGUUUAAUGUCCACACAGCUUGUGCUUGUGAUGUGUGACAUUGCAGCACUUCAUACCUGUCUGUAACAAAUAAGGGCACAACGAGUAUAUUUAAAAACAACGAGUUAGCUGUUAAAGAGCUUAUUUUAUAUAUAUAGUAGAGGCCUUUUUAGUUCUCCCAAUUAGAGGUAUAUUUAAAGUAUUAAAGCUGAUUUAUGUUCCACAUAACCAAAAUUCCCCUAAAUUAACACAAAUCAAAUCAUAAUGAACAAAAACACACACGCAGCCCCUUAAAUCUGACAGGGAGUGAAUGGGGGGUUGAAAUCCGCUCGUCACGACACACUUGAUUGGUCGGGAAGCAGAAGUCAAGAGACCUUUCACUUCUGUAAAAGUGUGUUGUGAGUAGGACGUCGCUGCAUGAGCAGGUUCUCCACACUCGACACGGUUCAACGAUGAGGAAGAAGAGCACGUCCCUGAAGUGAACUAUGUCCUCCUCCAGUGAACUAUGUCCUCCUCCAGUGAACGAUGUCCGGCCUCAUCAGAGACUCCAGCCUCCGGGGCUGGAAGGCGAUCGGCUCCGGGGGCUUCGGGCAGAUCUUCAAAGCCAGGCAUUGCGCGUGGGGCUGCGACGUGGCCGUCAAACUGCUGCGCUUCGACGACGGGACCACCAGCGCGUCUUUGCUGCGGGAGAUCGACAUGAUGCGUCUGGGGAGCAGCCCGCACGUCAUUCUGGUCCGAGGGCUCUUCGAGGGUCGGGUGCCCCCAUCGUCCUACACUCAACUGGGCCUGGUCAUGGAGUUCAUGGAGAGAGGGUCCCUGGCCACCCUUCAGGACCGCUUACACGAAGCUCCGCCCUGGCCGCUGGUCUUCAGACUGGCCCACCAAGUGGCUCUGGGCAUUAACUUCCUCCACAGUCUGACCCCGGCCCUGCUCCACCUGGACCUGAAGCCCGGCAACGUGCUGCUGGACAACGAUCUCAAUGCCAAGGUGAGAACCCCGAGGCCCCGCCCACGUCCUGUCUGUCGCCAGAUCACAGAUUUCGGCCUCUCGCGGUUCUACCACAGCGCCACGCGGGGUUCCCAGAAGGACGGCGACGAAGAGGGAGGCGGGACGAUCAGCUACAUGCCGCCGGAGGCGUUCGACCUGUCCUACAAACCGGGCCGAGAAUUCGAUGUCUACAGUUACGGUAUACUCUUGUGGUCCAUUGUCUCUGGGACAAAACCAUAUGCUCAUGCAAAGUCCAGCUUGGUGCGGUUUCGCAUCCCGGAGGGAGACCGUCCACCGCUGGACGGGAUCCGGCUCCAGGCCGCUGAGCUUGCAGAGUUGACGAGGCUGACGGAGCUCAUGGAGAGAUGCUGGCACACCGAACCCCAACGGAGGCCCUCCACCCUGGCGUGUACGACCGAGGCGGAAGAACUGUACAACAUGCACAAACUGAAUAUCAGCGACGCCGUCCACCGAGUGCUCAAAAAGCUGGACCAGAAGGAAGAAGAAAUAAUGAGAGAGCAGAUGGAGAGGGUUCACGUCUCUCCGGUUUCAGUGAGUGAAAGUGAGGAAGCGAAGAUUCGUGAUACCGUUCCGACAGGUCGUCCACCAAUCCAGGAAAUGGACGACAGCGGUAAUGCGAAUAGAAGAGACGUAGCGACAGCCAACGGUCUGCCUACUUCUCGACCUGCGAGCGGCUGCUAUGACGACGUGAGCCGCCAGUCGACGGACGACGGAGUGAAAAGGUCGUCGGUUUGCCCGAUUCAACCGGCGCCGGCGUCUACCGGGACGUCCCAUCGAGACAGAACGGCCAAACCUUCCCCUAAAGGUUUUCCUCCCCAGUAUCACCGUCAGCUUUCCAGCCCCGGCACCUUCACCUGCCAACCCGCCGCCGCCGCACGAGUCCAAAUGAACUUUAGCAAUGUAACCGGAUUCCAGUACGGCAACAACAACACCAUGAACCUCGAAGUGAGAGAGCACUCGGCAAGGAAACGGCACACGACGGCGCCCCCUAGAGUCAACCUCCAAGGAAGCUGCAAGGACAAGACGGGAGGGGGUCGCUGAGUUCACGCGGACCGAGUUCUCAAGUUCUCCAAUUCCCCGAAUACGCUUGAAUCAUCCUUUCUUGCGCAACAGGAAGGGCGUGUUUUAAAGUGUGAAAGUGUGAAAGUGUGGCUGCAUUUAACAAACAAUAUUCUCUGUUUUUGCUUUUUAUAUAUCUUAUAUAUUUGAGCCUCAUCGUUUGUCAAGGAGGUUAAAACAAAAUUAAAGAAUAAUUUGUAUUAUUCUGAUACUGAUACUUGCACUGAAAUGAUCAUCAAACUAGAUUGUAUAUAUAUAUAUAUAUAUAUGUUUUUUUUUCUUCUUUUGUACUUCAUGCAUUACGACUUAAAAGGUUCCGACUCUAAGAACUUCAUUAUACAUGUCAUGUGAACCUUUUUAACAGAUUUAACGGUGCUGCCAUAACAUUUUGGCAUCUUGAAUACUUCACUCAGUAGAAGCGUGACGUAGCUUCAAUGAAGUGGAAAAAAAAAGAGAGGACUUUAGUUUAAAGGAUAACUCUUCGAUGGGAUAUUUAAUGUUGCCGGACUUUGAUCCUAAAGGUACUUAAGUGUAAAUAUAAAGUAAGGGGAACAUUAAAAACCUGUUAAAACGCACAGUUUACUUAUAUUUAGAAGUCUUAAUGCAUUUUGUAUUAUUAUCAUUGCGUUUGUUUGUUUUUUAUUUCAAACACCAAAAUCAGGGUUCCUUGAUAACUUCAUUUAAGUUUUCAUAAUUCAGGUGGAAAAUAUCUCUGAGCUGCAAUAAUUAGUCAAUUAAUCAGAAAAUGUAUCUGCAACAGUGUUGAUGCUCGAUAAAUGGUUUAAAUUCUCUGGUUUCAGCUUCUCAAAAUGGGAGAAUUUGCCAUUUUUCUUUUCUUUUUUAUCAUUGCAUCGAACAAAUCACAGAUUACUCGAUUUAUUUGAUUAGUCAAAUGUCCGAAAAAUGUAACGAAACUUUUUAAUAAAAUUAAAUACAAGAUCCUGUCA